AUGCCUGCCGCUUGUUCAUCAGAUGGCCAUCUGAUGAACGUUUUGGAGCGUCCACAAGCGUGUGGAUGUACUACGAGUGAGUGCGAUGACCUCACUUGUGGUACGGUCGUUAGUACGACUGCACGAAACCUUAGUGUACCAAACGGUUACACUUCGGAGCAAAGUUCCGACGGCUGUGAGGAAACACAGGCUGCGCCGAAGGUCCACCACUCGAAUAAGUCGUGUGGACCGGGACAAAGAUGUAUCCCUAGCGGGGAACAUCUAGAAGAGAAACAAUCGAUCGCUCAGGUUAAGCGAAACGAUAAUCCUAGAUCGACUGGAGAGUCUUUCGUAGAGGAUCUCGCUGUGGUUGCGCAACCCCAGCUAGAGGAAGUAAUGGGAUUAAGUCCCAAGAUUACAAACACGGCGGAAAUAAGUUCCCCGAAACCCGCGGGAAUAAGUCCCCGGGAAGCCGAAGGAAUAAGUCCUUCGAGGCCUGAGGGAAUAAGUCCCCAGGAAAUGACAGAGACAUUGAAUGUCCUAGUCAAUGACGGAUCAAGCGUAGGCGCUUAUACACUUGAUAUGAUUGCGCCUCCGAAGUUGACUUCGGAGAUCACUCAGUUGCCAACGCUCGAACAUAAAAGGUUCUUGCGUGAUCUGCGUAGUGGCAAAGUCAAGCAGAUCUGCGUACUCGUCGCUGACGACGAGUGUGUAACCGACAUAAGGUCAGCAACAGUGUUUACUGAGAACGAGAGAGUUCUCAGUAGUUCAUCUAUGGACGAGAGUGUCCUAGAUGAAAAGACACGAAUUGAGCGAUAUGACUCCCAAUCGUGGGAAUCGCUCAAGAAAAAUCCUCUCUAUGAAGAUUUGGUUGAAUUCAAGGAUGUAUUCCCUGAAACUGUUCCGUGCGAAUUACUGAAGGAUAAAGGUACUCGACACGAGGUCGAGCUUAAACCAGGCUCGAAGUACUGUGUCAUGAAGCAGUGA